AAAAAAACAAAUGUCAAUACUUUUUGUUGAUAUUGUUUUUCCUACAUAAUAUUUAUUCAUUCAUAUUAUGAUAAAAGGAAAAUAAUAUUUUUAAGCAGUACAAUUAAUUGAAUUACGUUUUAUUAAGUCACUUUAUUCUAAGGCUUUAAGUGCUUAUUUUAUAAAAAAUGUCCGAUGACGAGGUUAUUAGGUUUGAAAUAACAGAUUACGAUUUGGAUAAUGAAUUUAACCCCAAUAGGGGAAGAAAAGCAAAAAAAGAACAACAAAUAUAUGGUGUUUGGGCAAAAGAUAGCGAUGAAGAAGACAAUGAAGACAACAUCAGGCAAAGAACUCGGAAGCAGAAAGACUUUUCUGCUCCCAUUGGUUUUGUUGCAGGUGGGGUGCAACAAGCUGGAAAGAAGAAAGAGGAGAAAAAAGAACUAGAAUCAGCAGAUGCACCAACCUCGAGACCAGCUUUUGCAGUCGACAGUUCUGAUGAAGAAGGACCAGCCAACCCUGACGAAAGGGAUACUGCAGGUUUGCGCCGACAAGGACAGGGUAUGAGGCCACCUAACCUGGGUGGUAAUGUAGGCACUUGGGAAAAACACACAAAAGGAAUUGGUGCUAAGUUGCUCUUACAGAUGGGCUACAAACCUGGAAAAGGUUUGGGUAAAGAUCUACAGGGUAUUUCUGCUCCUGUAGAAGCUACUGUGAGGAAAGGAAGAGGCGCUAUUGGUGCAUAUGGCCCCGAGAAAGCAGCACUAAAGGCUAAAAAGGAAGAAGAGCGUCGCCUUAAAGAGAAGGAAGAACAAGAGAAAGGUACAACAGAGAAGACUUACAACUGGAAGAAGUCACACAAAGGCCGGUACUUCUAUCGCGAUGCUGCAGACGUAAUUCAAGAGGGUAAACCCACAAUGCAUACUAUAUCCAGCAGCGAGUUAUCUCGCGUGCCGGUGAUCGAUCUAACGGGGCGGGAGAAGCGCGUACUGUCCGGCUACCACGCGCUGCGAGCCGCCGCGCCGCGGUUCGAGCACGAGCCGCGCCGCGAGUGUCGCCACUUCACCGCGCCGCAACUGGCUCAUAAUUUAGAGCUCGUCGUGGAUUGUUGUGAGCAGGAUAUAAUCCAGAACGCUCGCGAACUGCAAACAGCCGAGGACGAAAUCGUGGUCCUCGAGAGGGAACUGGAAGAAUGCGACACCAAGUUGUCCGAGCAAGACAACGUGAUAUCCAAGAUGCAGGGGAUUAUCCGCCGCGUGCAAGAGUUGGCUGAACCGGAUGUGUCUUUGGAGACGUCGUACGAAGUGUUGAGCGAUUUAAAGGAAAACUAUCCUACCGAGUACGACGUAUUCGGACUAGGCACGAUAGCUGGCAACAUCGUGAGUCCACUGCUCAGUGCUCUAUUGGCCACCUGGCAACCCUUGGAGAAUCCUGAGGACCCCAUACCAACCUUCCUUAAAUGGAAGAAACUACUGACCGACGAAGCCUACAGCAGUUUAUUGUGGCAACAUUAUGUACCGGCUAUCAACACGGCUGCUGAAUCAUGGAAUCCUCGCGUGCCAGGCCCUAUGUUACGCGCUUUGACUAGUUGGUCAGAAGCUUGUCCAGAAUGGGUUCUUUCCGCAACCGCUGCCCGCUGCGUAGUUCCCAAGAUUCUGGGUGCGGUGAGAGCCUGGGACCCCACCGGCGAUACUCAACCACUGCACCAGUGGGUGCUGCCUUGGCACGAUAUAGCGGGAGAAGCUCUAGCCCGCGGCACAUAUCCAGCGAUACGUUCCCGCUUAGCGACGGCGUUAGGCGCUUGGCAUCCAGCCGACCCCUCAGCUAGGACUCUGCUAGCGGCCUGGAGACACGCGUGGGGCUCCGCACUGACUGCCAUGCUGCACCAACAUAUAGUUCCAAAGCUCGACCACUGUUUGCAACACACGGCUUUGGAGUUAGUCGGCGCUGGCAAUGCCGCUUGGCUAUGGUGCGUGGAUUGGCUGGAGUUGCUUGGCGCGCCAACCUUAGCCGCCAUAGCUUCGCGCGCAUUGCUGCCACGCUGGUUGGCCGCAUUGGCAGCUUGGCUGAACACUAAUCCGCCACACGCUACUGUCCUGGCAUCUUAUACAGAUUUCAAGAAAAUGUUCCCAGACGAGGUUCUAAAGGAACCAGCAGUGCGUGACGCGUUUCGUAAAGCUUUAGACAUGUUGAAUCGAAGCACAGACAUUGAUUCUGUGGAACCUCCACCACCUCCUCGAUUCACUAUCACAGAAGCACCCAAAGAAACGUCCAGAAUAGCAGACGUUCUAGCUUCAACUACCCAACAGAAAUCCUUCUCAGAACUACUCGAAUCACGGUGCAUAGAAAAAGGAAUAACAUUCGUACCAAUAGUGGGCAAAUCUAGGGAGGGAAGACCCCUAUACAAGAUAGGAGACAUGCAGUGUUACGUCAUCAGAAAUGUGAUUAUGUACUCUGAAGAUAACGGCAGGACUUUCGGACCUAUUAGUAUGGACAGACUUUUGACGAUGGUUGAAGAUUAAGUGUUUAGUAAUUACAUAUGUAUAGUGUGAUUGAGUUAAGUAAAGGAAACGUCCAGAAUAGCAGAUGUUCUAGCUUCAACUACCCAACAGAAAUCCUUCUCAGAACUACCUGAAUCCCGUUCCAUAGAAAAAGUUAUAACAUUCGUACCAAUAGUGGGCAAAUCUAGGAAGGGAAGACCCCUAUACAAGAUAGACAUGUAGUGUUACGUCAUCAGAAAUGUGAUUAUGUACUCUGAAGAUAACGGCAGGACUGUCGGACCUAUUAGUAUGGACAGACUUUUGACGAUGGUUGAAGAUAAGUGUUUAGUAAUAAUGUAUAGUGUGAUUGAGUUAAGUAAAUUAUAAUAAUAUAAAAGGCAAUUUAAGACUGCGGAAAGUUUGUUUUUAUUUAUUUAAAUCUUUUAUGAAUUAUUCACUAAUUAUGGCCCGGACUAAGAAAGCUAAAGUAUGAUAUAUAAAAUAAAGCGUUACACCAACAACUUCAGCUACCGGAAUUCGAAUCCGGGACCUAUGGAGCAGAAGAUAGAAUCAAUGCCUUUUCCACUACGCAGUUUUAAAUUUUACCUCGUGAAAGUAAAUAUAACGUUUUAAGUUUUAUUGGCUGAAGAGAAAAUACAGUGGUGAUGCAUUAAUAACAUUUAUUAAAAUGAGUAGGCUAACUACAAUUUGGACACUACAAGCAUGCUAUUUUCUAACUACAAUGAAGCAAGUUGCUAUUACUAAACAUAUAAUUUAAUAACAUAUAUUAUUAAUACAAUGGACAAGAAUUCUGCAAAAUUAUCCCACUAGGGGCGCUAUAAUAGCUUGACCCCAUACUUCGAUCAAAUACAUACCUAUUAGCUUAUGUUCAUUUUUAAGCUUUUUAGUAAACAACAUACAAAUGCCGAGUUGUGCAGUUCCUGGUUGUUGUGAGAAAACUCCAUGCUUACCGACUAAAAUAUAAAUAUAUAUGUUGCUUUGAAAAGGGGGGGGGGGGUAAACUGAGCUGCUGUUUACAUCAUGGUAUGUAUCUGGGGCAGGUAAAAUAAGAUAGAUUUGACUAAUGAGCCCGCUAAAAAUUACUCAGAUCCAUGAACUAUGAAAAUAAUCAUGGUAAAUGCAUCUAUGUACCGAGAAUGAGCAUUCUAGCAUAAUAAUAGAAAAAGUACCUUUCUACUAGAUCAGCUUUUCUGCCUUGUACAGAUGUUCCUCUCCUUUUCAACCCUGUUUUUAGCUGUAUUACAGACCAUGUUGAAUACAUUUUCACCACUUAUUUUAUAUUAUUAACAAAAAAAAACACGUUUAAAAUGUGACAGUGGCAAUAUUUGGCUGUGGUUUGGGUCAAGCGUUUGCAGCGCCAUCUAUGUCGAGCUUUGCGUGUACAUUAUUCCAUUACAUUCAAGUCAUAAACCAAAUAAAUAUACUUUCAAUUUCACAUAAUUCACUGUAUGUGUUUUCCAAAUUAUGUGUUUUUUGGUUUAGACUAUUCUUGACCGGCCUUUGAUGUGUGUGAUUUUUUUUCUUAGUUAAAUUGUAUAUCUUGAUGCAAAAUCACAAUUGCGCUUAAUAUUGUUGCGCUGUAAUUGGUAAAAUCACAUGCGCAGAAUACAUUGUUUAUGUAUAAAAUUGUUGAAAUCCAAUCUAUUGAAAUGAAAGGAGUGCCAUCUAUCGGAUAACUCAGUAUAUUGCGAUUUGUUUUGCAUAUGACACACAGAAAAAGGGCUGGUCAAGUUUUACCACCAGCAAUACACAAAGGUUAUUGGUUUUUUUGUUAAAUUUCUAAAAGGUACAAGUACAGUUUUGUAGUUCUAUAGUUAGAGACAGGUAACAUGCAAUCACAAGAAUCGUAGCUUUUAAGAUUAUAUUUAGGUACUACAAAUUGUGAUAAAUGUGUUUAAUAUACAUACGUGCGAUAUUCCCUGAAUAGUGAUUUUAAUACAAAUUUUAAUAUAUUAGUAUUGGCAAUGUAAUAUAAAAUAUAAUAUGGUACUACAUAAGACAAGAAAUAUGUAAGUUAAGUCAAUAUUUUUUGGAAAUAAUUGAAAAAUGACAAAACUCACCCAGAAUCUAUUCACUGGAAUAACGCAAAGUCAUAAAUGAUCAUUAGCUUAUUAAUAACAUAAACUGGUUUCUUAUGCUCGUUUUCAUACUUUGGCGGUUUGGAAGACUUGUUUGCUUAGUACAAAAGAAGAAUAUUGAAAAUUUCAAGCCAAAAGAAAAAAAGAAUAAAAAUACUCGCGAUCUUCAUUAAACUUAAAAUGCUACAAAGUAACAACAGUUUCAACCAACUAUAGUCCAUAAGGGUUUUAAAUUAUGGAUAUAGUUUAAAGCUCAAAAAUUGUUCCUUUUUAUUGGCUAGCUCUAGCUAUUACAAACUAUUUCAAGUAAAUAUCGACUAAAAAGUAUUUAUCCUAUUAUAAGUGCUUUUUAGUGGUAGAUAAGUAGAAAAAUAUAAUAGCUAUGCUAUGUUUAAGGUAUAUCCUAGUGAUAUUUUUUGCAAUUGGCAAGAAUUUUUGGUACGCAAAAUGUUUAACACCCGGUCUACAUUUUUGCGUAAUUAUAAUUUAAUGUCACUGGGUAAUAUUAAUAUUCUACUUUUGUUUGUAAAUAUGAUAAUCGAUCUUCUUUUAUUCGAGUGCGUUCGUUCGAGCAAAAAUAUUUAAUAUUUUUUUUUCCAACACACCAAUUAGCCUAGCCCCAAAGUAAGCACUAUAAGGCUCGUGUUAUGAGAUGCUAGGGUAACGGAUAGAAUAUAUAUACUGUACAUAUAUAAGUAAUAUUUAUAUAGAAAUACAUAUUAAACAUCCAUGACUGGAGUAUAAAUGCUCAUGUUUAUCACUCAAACAUCUGCCGCCACCGGGAUUCGAACCCGGGACCUCUCGAGUCGGUGACACCAUGAAACCCGGCGUACAAACCACUCGGCCACGGAGGUCGUCAUAAUUAGUGAGAUAAUAAAGAUAUAUUUUAAUUUUUAACCCAUAAUAUCUCUUUAUUAUUUGACUAAUUAUUUGUAUUUUUUUAUGAAUCGCCGUUAGCUAUAUAUUGUUAAGAUCAUAUGUUUUAAAGUCAUAGAUACGUCAUACACGCUUCUAAUUUGGCAAUACGAAAGUCAGGUAUUUGCCCGACUUGACAUUCAGCCGGGCACGCUCUCUCGCCGCGGCUACACUUUGCUACAACGUGUAAAUAUUUUACGGUUUUCCAGACAAAAAGCCCUAUUUGUGUUUUUAGAUAGUACACGGGAACUAUUAGAGACUCGAAAAACUUGUCAUUUCGUUCGAGUACUUACGGAUGAAAUGACACGUUUUGUUUUAAAGAAAUUAUUGUAAAAAUAUUUAGCAUUCCUUAUUUUGACGGUUGCUGACACCGUUGACACAACGAGGCUAUAGAGCCAGAUGUAAUAUGCUUUAUGAUUAUGAAUGAGAGUAAAAGACACUAGUGCACUCUAUUGGCGGCUGUUACCAAGCGAAGUUGGGUCGGGGACUAUUUAAGCCAUUUUAAAAUGCAAUAAUGUUAGCAUAUAACGUCGUCAUUGUUACAAAACCUCUUGAUAUUUGAGGCGUAUCGAGAUCGAAUUAAACUAUUCGAAUUCAAUAUUAGUUCGUGCUAAAGGUACAGCACAGUUUUUGUAGUGCUGUAGUUAGAUACAGGGAACAUGCAGUCUACAAGCUAAGAAUAUAUUUAAGUUCUACUGAUUGUGGUAUACGUGCGAUAUUCACAAAAUAGUGAUUCUAAUACAUAUUAAAAAAUAAAAGUGUUGUCAAUAUUUAUUAUGGUACUACUACUAUGGUAAGGCAAGAAAUUAUUAUUUUUUAGAUAAUGCAAAAAUUUCUUUACGUUGGUAAGUAUAAUAAGCAUAUUGAAUUUCAUGCCCAAAAAAUUAUAAAAAUACUGGCGAUCUUCAUUAAAUACCAAAAACUAGAAAUGCUACACAGAUUAACCGCUAUCUAAACCAAGUAUAGUCGCUAAGGGUAUUGAAAUAAGGACUUAAACUUCAAAGCUUAAAAAUUGGUCCUUUCUUUUGGCUAAUUUUAAGUAAAUAUUGACUAAUAAGUAGGUAUCUAUCCUAUUAUAAGUACUUUUUUGAGGUAGAUAAAUUCUAGAAAAUAUAAUCUCUUAUCUAUUAGACAAGUCCGUCCGUCUGUCUGUGGUGCUGUUUCAGCGGCCAAACCGUAACAUAGAUAAAGAGAAUGUUUAAGUUAUAAGUUAAGAAUAGUCUGAUAAGACUACAAACCGGAUUUGAGUAACGUAGCACUUCCGGUUUUCGAGAAAUCACGAAUUUCAAACGAAACCACACAAAAUCUCCGAAGUUCUCAAUUAAUUAAAUUUUUUUUUUUAAAAUCAGGUUUUGGUGAACAUUUGGUUCACUGGUUUGCUAGUAAUUAUGUACGGUCCUAAUGUUAAAUUUGGCAAUUGGCAGGAAUUUUAUGUACGAAAAUUUUUAAAAACAGGUUGUGAUCUAUAUUUUUGCCUAAGUAUAUAUAAUCUCACUAGGUACUAAAUAUAAUAAUCGAUCUUCUUUUAUUCGAGUGGGUUAUAAUAUAUCUUUAUUGGUGUCGAUUCUGAUAUGAUUCUCUCAACUUAAAACUAAAAUUGACAUCAGUCUCUGCUUUUCAGUUUGUGUAAAGAACGACAAGGUUACACUCAUAUCGAUUCUGGCAUGAUUCUCUAAAGCUAAACUUAAGACAACAGUUGUAGCCCUAUCAUUCACUAUACAGAAUGAAAAGGACAGACUGAUCUUUAAUUUAGUUUUAAGUUUAGAUAAUCCAAGGGCGGAUCCAGGGGGGGGGUCAUGG